AUGAGCCGACGCAGCCCCAGGGCGCCACCUCCUGCGCCCUCUGAAGGCCCAGCACCCCCUCCUGCACCCUCCGACGGCCCGGUGCACCCUCCUGCGCCCUCCGAUGGCCCAGCACCCCUUCCUGCACCCUCCGACGGCCCAGCGCCCCCUCCUGCACCCUCCGACCGCCCGGAAGAUGCAGCUGUGCCCAGUGCUGACCUUGCCUCUCUGUUUGAGUGUCCUGUGUGCUUUGGGUCCGUCUUACCGCCCAUCUUCCAGUGCUACAGCGGCCACCUCCUCUGCAACAGUUGUCGUCCGAGGGUGACCUGCUGCCCGACCUGCCGGGGCCCGUUGGGACACAUCCCCAACCUAGCCAUGGACAGGGUGGCCGACUCCGUGCUGUUCCCGUGCCAAUACGCCUACAACGGCUGCACGGCCACCAUGCAGCUCACCGGCAAAGCCGCCCACGAGGAACUGUGCGACUUCCGGCCCUACCGCUGCCCGUGCCCCGGCAUUGUCUGUACCUGGCGAGGCCCCCUGCAUACCAUGUCGGCCCAUUUAAACAAGCAUGAAGUCAUCACGUCCAUGCAGGGGGCAGAGGUCGUGUUCCUGGCCUCCUACGUGCACCUUUCCGGCGCCCUGGACUGGGUGAUGGUGCAGUCCUGCCACGGAGGUCACUUCAUGACGGUCCUGGGGAAAAGGGAGAACUACCAGGGCUACCAGCAGUUUUUCUCUGUAGUUCAAUUCAUCGGAGCCCCCGGCCAGGCCCAGCAGUUCACCUACCAGCUGAAGCUGGCCAAGCACAGGCGGUACUUGGUGUGGGAAGCCCCGCCUCUGUCCCUGCUCGAGGACCCGGAGGAGGCCUUCAGGAGGAGUGACUGCUUGAUUUUUGAUGCUGGCACUGUGCAGCACUUCACCGAAGGCGGCAACCUGAGCAUGAAGAUCACCAUCUCCAAGUGCUGA